GUACAUACAUAUAUACAGAAGAAAUGAAUGAUUGAUGAAGAUGGUUAAGUGGAACUUGGGUUUCAAGGAACACUCCUGGCAGAUACAACUCAUCAGUUAUGCCUACACCUACAAGCAACGGCCAUGCCUCUCGCUUGCAGAUUCAAGAACCAAUAACAAUGUCUCCUUCUUCUUCUUCUUCUCCAAUCGCCUUCAAGGAACAACAGGGAAGACCACCUCCCGCAGCACAUCAAACAAUAGCCGGAAAACUCUUUAGAAACCUCUUCAAGGGUCUUCUCUUCUCACAACUAACCUUAAUCUCGCUUUUGGUGAUCGUUCUCACCAUUCGCGGUCUCAUCUCAGCAAGUUCACACCAUUUCCACCCCAAGAAAUGGUACCCUCCUUUACUAGCCUCUGUUGCUGUCUCAGGAGUUGCAUCUUUAGCCUGGCAGUGCAUCUUUAUCUACAAUCCAUCUAGAGCAGUCAGAGCAACGUUCUGGCUUAGCCCAAUACUCACCUGCUCGGUAGGGAUCUUGCUUGUUCUUAUUGGCUCGGCAGUAGAUGCAGUGGUUGGUUCAGCUUUUGUGCUUUUUGCCAUCACUCAGUCUCUGUAUGGUUGCUGGAUCACUACCAGGUUUGAAUACACAGAUAAGUUAUUAUCACUUGCUACAGCAUUCCCACCUGCAAGAACCAGAGAAGUAGUCUGUUUAUCAAUCACUUUUAGCUUAGUUUACUCUGGCUUCUUGGUGACUGGAAUUGGGGGAGCAACUUCCACUAGAACAAGUGUGGAUCUAUUGUUCAUAUCCGUGAUCUUGAUAAGCUUAUCAUGGACGAUGCAAGUUCUCAAGAAUUUUCAACAAGUAGCGAUUUCACGGGCGAGAUAUGUAAACUUUGCUCAUGGAGAAGAGAUGGAUGCUUGGGAUGCUUUUCGCAUCACUAUGAAACACUUGGUUGGGAGCAUCUGCAUUGGCUCGACGCUUGUUCCAAUCAUUGUAUUCAUCAGAGGAUCCAUCAGAAGCGUUAACCUUAUGUCAGGGAGCAGCGAUGAGGUCAUGUAUUCUGGUGCUGAUUGCUUCUCUACCAUUGCCAACAAACUCAUUACACUUGGAAACAGAUGGGGCUUUGUACAUGUGGGAACUUAUGAUAAAGGAUUCGUGGAGGCUUCUAGUGAUACCUGGAAGAAGUUCAGAAGUACAAGUGGGCUAGAGAAACUGAUUGAUUCGGAUCUGACAAGCUCCUUGUGCUUCCUCAGUGCGGUUUCUGUUGGAGCUGUCUCUUCAUUGACUGCUGGGAUAUGGAUGUUGUUAACUCACAAGGACUAUGCCUUGGAAGUGACUCUCUAUGCUUUUAUAAUUGGAUAUUUCGUGGGAAGGGUAGGUUUGGCGUGGCUACAGGCAUGUGUGUUGGCUUACUAUGUAGCUUAUUCUGAAGAUCCUCAGAGCAUGCGGUUUGACGGUACAAUUCCGAAUCGUAUUCAGCGUCUUCAGAUGUUAAGUGCCCAUCGUGAUAACAGGGAGCAUGAGGUUGGUAGGGAGAUUGAAGAAGAUAGUACUCGUUAUAACAAUUGUUAGACUCUUGAGGAGACUCUCCACAAACAUGUAAAAAAACAAACAAACAUAAAAAUUAGUACUUUUUUUCUUUCUUUCUU